AUGUUAAAAAAGAAAACUAUUAUUACUUUGGCCGUGAUCAAAGACUUUGAAGCCUCUAAUCCAAAACCGUACAAGCUAAUCUAUGCUUUUAUUGAAGGAGAAAAAUCAAAAGAUGGUGAAGAAAGAUAUAAAACGAAAACUGCAGCAGAAAAACAUAUACAGUUAUUUCACAAAGAGAUUGAGAAAUAUAAUCAAAGGGUUAAGAGAGUGGCAAUUAAAAAAGACCAAGUUGAUAAAGCACUUUUAACAUUGAAUAUGUCAUUUAUUGUGAAGUAUGAAAUAUUAUUAAAUUUGAAAGAUAACGAAACUAAAGAAUAUUUAAUUAUUGAAAUAUUCAAAGAAUUUGAAGUAUUGAUUCGUGAAAAUAGAUUAAAAAUUUCAAAUACUGAAAAACCAGAUAAUUUGAUUUUGGUGCUUGCAGUACAAUACAAAAAAUCUAAAUAG